AUGAAGCGGGACCGGCUCGGCCGCUUCCUGUCUCCUGGGGCUGCGGGGCAGCGCGGGGGCUCGAGCGGCGGCGGCGGCCGCGGUCGGAGCCGCCCCACCCGCCGCGGGCCGGGCGUGGACGAGGCGGCGGCUUUCGUGGCGGCGCGGCUGGGCUGGGGCCGGGCGCGGGCCUGCGGGGACGCGGGCGAGGACGGCACCGACGAGGCAGGAACAGGCCGGGCCCUUGCCAUGGGGCACUGUCGCCUAUGCCAUGGGAAGUUCUCCUCACGGAGUCUCCGGAGCAUCUCUGGCAGGGCACCUGGGGAGAACUCAGAGAGACCACCCCCUGGGGAGCGUGUUUUCAUCAGGGACUUCCAGCACCUGCUGGGGGUGGCUGUCCACCAGGACCCUGCUCUGUCUCAGUUUGUCUGCAAGAACUGCCAUACCCAGUUCUACCAAUGCCACAGCCUGCUCAAGUCCUUCCUCCAGAGAGUCAACAUCUCUCCAGUGGGCCACCGGAAGCCUUGUGCAAAGGUUGGUGCCCAGACCCCGACAGGGGCAGAGGAGGGCGCAUGUCUGGCGGACCUGAUCACUUCGAGCCCGCGGGGCCUACGUGACUUGGUGGGGUGGGUGCAUGGACAUGCAGCCAGCUGCAGGGCCCUACCCAGCCUCCAGCGGACACUGUCCUCUGAGUACUGCGGCGUCAUCCAGGCUGUGUGGGGCUGUGACCGGGGCCACGACUACACCAUGGACACCAACUCCAGCUGCAGGGCCCUCCUGCUGGACAGUGCAUUGGCUGUCACGUGGACGUGGGACAAGGAGACGGCCCCAUGGCUUGGCCAGAAUCGGGAGUCCAGCCCUAGUGGGGCUGCCCCUCAGAGCUCCCAGGGCAGAGCUACCACAGCUGUGGCUGAGAGUGAGAUACUACCUGUCAGGGACACGGUCCGGCUUCCGUCAGAUGGCAUCCCUGUGGGGCCGGGACUGGGCCCCCCACCUCAACCAAGCCUCCCCCCAAGUGGGGCUGCAGGGCAGUUGGGUGAGAAGCAGGUUCCAUCUUCAACCUCGGAUGAUCGGGUAAAAGACGAGUUCAGUGACCUUUCUGAGGGAGACUUCCUGAGUGAAGACGAGAAUGACCAGAAGCAGAGCACUCAGUCCUCCGACGAGUCCUUUGAGCCUUACCCGGAAAAGAAGGUCUCUGGUAAGAAGAGUGAAAGCAAAGAAGCCAAGAAGUCUGAAGAACCAAAAAUUCGAAAGAAACCUGGGCCCAAGCCAGGCUGGAAGAACAAGCUGCGCUCCGAGAGGGAGGAGUUGCCCACCAUCUACAAGUGCCCUCACCAGGGCUGCACGGCCGUGUACCGAGGGGCUGACGGCAUGAAGAAGCACAUAAAGGAGCACCACGAGGAGGUCCGGGAGAGGCCGUGCCCCCACCCCGGCUGCAACAAGGUGUUCAUGAUCGACCGCUACCUGCAGCGCCACGUGAAACUCAUCCACACAGAGGUGCGGAACUACAUCUGUGAUGAGUGCGGACAGACCUUCAAGCAGCGGAAACACCUUCUUGUCCACCAGAUGCGCCACUCAGGAGCCAAGCCUCUGCAGUGUGAAGUCUGCGGGUUCCAGUGCCGGCAACGGGCGUCCCUCAAGUACCACAUGACCAAGCACAAGGCUGAGACCGAGCUGGACUUUGCCUGCGACCAGUGCGGCCGGAGGUUCGAGAAGGCCCACAACCUCAACGUGCACAUGUCCAUGGUCCACCCUCUGACACAGACACUGGACAGGGCCCUGCCUCCAGAGGCGCCACCAGGGAUGGCAGAGGGCCAGGCUGUGAAGCCAGAGCCCACCUGAGGGUGCCUCAGCCCCCAAACCUGCCAGGCAGCAAGUGGGGUUUAAAGGUUUUAAUAGCUACUCCCAUGACCUGAUGGCACAGCUUUGCUUGCUCACCAAGAGCCCCCCACUGGACCCCCACCCUAUGUGUCGGGAGGGCAGGAGGCGCUGCUCUGCUGGCUGGUGGCAGUGGGCUCUGCGUGCAGUUCAGGUAGGUUUGCCGGCCGCUUUGGGAUCAGUGUUUUCCUACUGACACUGAGUGACUAGGAGCCAGAUACAGGGUUUGAAUAAUUGAUUCCUCUUUCCCACUAAAGCAAUCGAGAUUUGUAACCCACUUUUUAGUGCAACAAGAGCUCUGAUGUUAUGCUUGUAAUAAAUUAUUUACAAAGGA